UUCUUACCCAAAUCUCAUUUGAUAUUUGACUCUAUUUAAACACUCAUAUUUCCUAUACAAUUCUCAACACAAACACAAAAAAUAAAACAAAACCUUGCUUCUUUAUUUGUAAAUCAUACAUAAUCUAUUGUAAAUUCGCAAUGGCCACCGGAGUUCCCAAUAACACGGCAAUUGCAAACCAUAAUAAGAAACGUCCUGGUGACAAUGACGAUUAUUAUAACUCCAUGAUUAUUUCCAAGAAGCCGGGUUCCGCCGCCGCUAAGGAGGAUCCCGUGGCGGCGCUAGCGAGCGCACGCCACGAGUUCGGUGAACACGGAGGCGUAAAUAUGUCCAUUGAGGCGUCGGCCACCUUUACGGUGAUGGAGCCAGAAACGAUGCGGCGGUUAUUUUCAGGGGAAUUAGGUGCUGACAGAGACUAUUUCAUUUACAGCCGUCAUUUUAACCCCACCGUUCUCAACCUAGGCCGCCUUAUGGCCGCCAUGGAAGGGACGGAAGCGGCUUAUUGUACGGCUAGCGGGAUGUCCGCUAUCUCCUCCGUCCUCCUCCAGCUUGUAGGCGCUGGCGGCCAUAUUGUGGCGUCGCAAACCCUCUACGGCGGAACACAUGCUCUCCUUACCCAUUUCCUCCCCCGUGCCUGUGGGAUUACUACCUCAUUCGUGGAUAUCUGCGACCAUGCUGCCGUAAAGGCGGCGAUUGUGGAGGGGAAGACGAAAGUGGUUUAUUUCGAGUCGGUGUCGAACCCGACUCUGACGGUGGCGGAUAUACCUGAGAUGUGUAGGAUAGCGCAUGAUAAGGGGGUGAUUGUUGUGGUGGAUAAUACUUUUGCGCCGGUUGUGAUAUCGCCGGCGCGGCUUGGUGCGGACGUGGUGGUGCAUAGUAUUUCCAAGUAUAUUAGUGGUGGGGCCGAUAUCAUCGCAGGUGCUAUUUGUGGGCCUGCAAGCCUAGUGAAUUCCAUGAUGGACUUACACCAAGGAUCCUUAAUGCUACUAGGCCCAACAAUGAACGCCAAAGUCGCAUUUGAACUAUCAGAAAGAAUCCCCCAUUUAGGGCUGAGAAUGAAAGAGCAUUGUGGGCGGGCCUUAGAAUUCGCCAAAAGGAUGAAAAGAUUGGGCCUCAAAGUCAUCUAUCCUGGGCUAGAAGAUCAUCCACAACACGAGCUUCUAAAGUCCAUAUGCAGCCAACAAUAUGGGUAUGGUGGAAUCCUUUGUGUUGACAUGGAGACUGAGGACCGAGCCAAUCGGCUAAUGUACCAGCUCCAAAACUGCACCCAGUUUGGGUACAUGGCGGUUAGCUUAGGCUAUUACGAGACCCUCAUGUCGUGUUCGGGUAGCAGCACCAGCAGCGAAAUGAGCGAGGAGGAAAAGACCCGGGCUGGUAUCUCACCGGGCCUUGUUAGGAUGUCGAUUGGUUAUAGUGGCACGCUUGAGCAGAAAUGGGCUCAAUUCGAGAAGGCCUUGGCUAAAUUACAGGAUGUAAAGUUUAAUGUUCGUCACAUAUAAGUCAAGGAGUGUUAGAGCUUUCAGCCCGGUUCCAGAUGAUCCUGGGAUCGAUUCUCAUCCCCGCCCUUGUGGCUCAUUUGCACCCAAAAAAAAAACCUAUAAGCCAAGGAGAAGUCUAUCUUGGUCUCUACCUAGACUACUAGACUAUGUUAUGGAAAAUCUUUCAUCAAUAUGAUGUUGUACAUUUGGUUUUAUAACUAUGUAAACGGCUUAUUCAAUUGUGGCAAUAUCAUCUUUCGUCACUUUCUGGA